GCAUCAUGGCGACGAUUUUGGGAGUUGGUCGUCAGAUGGCUGUAGCCUGGUGCAGACAACUGAACGGAUGUCUGUCUGCACAUGUAAUCACGCUACCAAUUUUGCGUUACUCAUGGAUGUGUAUGGUCAGCAGCGACAAGCAUCUACGGACGCCACUGAUGAUGAAGUUUUGUCAUACAUUUCGCACAUUGGAUGUGCCAUCUCAUUCGUAGCUUUGCUUAUAACUGUCUUGAUCUACACCAUGUUUAGUCGUCUGAGAAGGGACGAGCCGUCUAAGAUACUUUACAACAUGUGUUGGGGGCUACUAGCGUUUAAUCUAUGUUUUCUGUUGGGCCUUGCAAUAAAUGAUGACACGGAUGCUGUUUGGUGUAAGGGUUUGGCUGCAAGCAUGCACUAUUCGCUGCUAGCUGCAAUGUUCUGGAUGGCUGUGAAUGCCUAUCACAUGCACUUGUCGCUGAUCCGUGUUUUUAACACAUACAUCGACAAUUUUUAUCUCAAAUGCGCGCUCGCAGGAUGGGGAUCACCAUUUAUAUUUGUAGCUAUAACUUUAGCUAUAAACAAAACAGACAAUUACGGUCUGAUAUCUAGUCAUUUAUGUUGGAUUAAACAUCCUGCCAUAUACUACGGCUUGAUUGCACCCGUGGCUUGUAUUAUAUUCGUCAAUUGCAUCGUAUUUCUAAAGAUUUUACGACUGAUAGAAAAGAUGUCUACAACAAACUCAAGUGCAAUAUCAAAUUUUCGAGCGACGGCGAGCCUGUUUAUUCUGUUAGGUCUUACGUGGAUAUUUGCUUUCUGUGCAUUUGGGAAAUUUAGAAUUGUAUUCAAUUACCUCUUCGCAAUUUUCAAUUCAAUUCAGGGGCUGUUUAUUUUUACAUUUUAUUGUAUGCUGAAACAAGAAGUUGUAAUAUCUUUGAAGAAGCUGUGCAACAUCAAGUCUGAUGACUCAAAGGCCCAAAAACCUAAAGCUGGAGAGAUUUCAACAAUGUCGACCUAUCAAGAAAUUUCAAGAGCAUCAACAGAUCAAGAUUCAAGACAGCUAGAACCGAAAGUAGUCAGAAAAAAAUAAGCAAAUUAAUUGCGACCAUCUUUUAUAUGUGUUCAUCACUGAGAGUGUUGACUCGGUAGCAAAGGCAUCAAGAACCCAUUUAUAGCACACAGAUGAGUUCCAAUGCCGAGAUUAAGAGCACUGUGUAAGUAGUUUAUCAUGUUUUUGAAAAAGAAAGUAUGUAAUUGAGAAGUAACAUUUUACUUUAUAAAACACUUAACUCAAAAGUAGUAAAUGCAGCUCCAUCACAGAUAAUAAGAAUUUAGCCGAGCCGCUAGUAUUUUUAGUUGUUUUUGUUUUGUUUUUAAAUGUUACCAACCGGGUACUACUACCUUGAUCUGAAUUUAUUGCGAUGGUUUAGUAGAAUCAAAAUAUUGUCACGUCGUAACUAAUUUCUAAUAAAGAAUCAUUUAAUUUCUUUAUAGUUUACUGGCUUAUUAUAAUAUAUAUUAUGUAUACUGUAUGUAUCCUAAGAGGUAAUAAUGAAAAAGAGAUAUUUGCUUUUGAUUAUUUACUUUAUUUUUUACAAUUUAUUUUUCAAACUUCCUUCAUUUUCAAACACCACUAUGUUCUUAUUUUCAUUAAAUUGUAUUUUAAAAACUGAAUCCUUUUAUAUAUAAUAAUCGUUGUAUAUGUUUUAGUAAAACUAAG